UCCCAUUGUUCUUCAAAUAAAAUGGCUGAUAAUUGCACUAGAAAGCUGAUAGUUGAAAUCUGCAACGCCAAAAACUUGAUGCCCAAAGAUGGGCAAGGAACUGCCAGUGCUUAUGCCAUUGUCGAUUUCGAUGGUCAAAGAAGAAGGACAAAAACAAAGCUCCGGGACCUUAAUCCAGUUUGGGAUGAGAAGCUGGAGUUUCUGGUUCAUGAUAUCGAUUCAAUGCCUGCCGAGAUGUUGGAGAUCAAUUUGUACAAUGAUAAGAAAACCGGGAAAAGAAGCACUUUUCUGGGUAAAGUGAAGUUGGCCGGCAGUGUUUUUGUUAAAGCUGGGGAAGAAACUCUUGUUUAUUACCCCUUGGAGAAACGGAGUGUCUUUUCCCAGAUUAAAGGUGAGAUUGGCGUCAAAGUUUUUUAUGUUGAUGAAGAAGCGCCUCCUGCACCGGAGGAGACCUCGGCUGAGAAGAAGCCUGAGACGGCGGUGGAGAAGCCUCCGGAGAAUCCAAAGACAGAGGAGGAUAAGGAGGAGGAAAAGAAAGCAGAAGAGGAGAAGCCAAAGGAAGAAGCACCCAAAGGAGAAGAGAAACCAAACCCACCCCCGGCGGAGACUAGUAAGUCUGAUGAAACCGCCGCCGCUUCCACUCCAGCGACGCUGACGACCACAACUCCUCCGUCGUCAGAAGUGCAGAACCCUCCAUUAGAACAUAAAGAGGAGCAAAUAUCAACGAAGGUAACAGCAAAAAGGAAAGAUGAAACGGGUAAAAGCACCCAACUUGUCAUCAACGAGUUAGAACUCCGACCAUUCUCUGGUGACCAUAACCGUAUCUCAUUCGAUCUCGUAGACCGUAUGCCAUUUUUGUACGUCCGAGUUGUUAAAGCAAAACGAGCCAACAAAGAACCAGUUUGUCCCCUUCAUGCAAAACUGGUUAUCGGCACUCAUAGUAUCAAAACAAAAAGCCAAAUCGAUAAAGAUUGGGAUCAAGUUUUCGCUUUCGACAAAGAAGGAUUGAAUUCAUGUUCUUUAGAAGUUUCAGUCUGGGCUGAAGAACAGAAAAAGGAAGAGCAGAAGGUAGGAGACGCUGCCGCCGCCGCCGACACUGUCGUGGUGGAGAAUUGUCUUGGAACUGUGUCAUUCGAUCUGCAAGAAGUGCCCAAAAGGGUUCCUCCGGAUAGUCCUUUGGCUCCUCAGUGGUAUAGUCUUGAAUCUGAGAAGUCACCUGGCAAUGACGUGAUGGUUUCCGUCUGGAUCGGAACUCAGGCCGAUGAAGCUUUUCAAGAAGCUUGGCAGUCGGAUUCGGGUGGGUUAAUACCCGAGACCCGAGCAAAAGUUUAUUUGUCUCCAAAGCUUUGGUAUUUGAGACUAACGGUUAUCCAAACCCAAGAUUUGCAGCUUGGUUCGGGGUCUGAAGCUAAGGUUCGGAGCCCUGAGCUUUAUGUUAAGUCUCAGCUCGGGGCUCAAGUUUUUAAAACCAGUAGAGCUCAAUUUGGGACAGCUUGGAAUGAGGAUUUGGUUUUUGUGGCGGCUGAGCCAUUUGAGCCGUUUUUGAUGGUCUCUGUUGAGGAUUGGAGCAAUGGGCAGUCAGUAGGUCAGACUAAAAUCCAUGUGCCGAGCCUUGAGAGGCGGACCUAUGAUAAAACCGAACCGAAAUCAAAAUGGUUUAAUCUGGCUGGUGCUGAAACUAAGCCUUACGCCGGUAGAAUUCACGUCAGAGCAUGUUUAGAAGGCGGGUAUCACGUGCUUGAUGAAGCUGCUAACGUGACCAGUGAUGUUCAAGCCGCGGCUAAGCAGUUAGCUAAACCUCCGAUUGGAAUGCUCGAUGUCGGGAUCCGAGGUGCUAGUAAUUUGUUGCCGGUUAAGACCAAAGACGGUACUCGUGGCACAACUGAUGCUUACGUGGUGGCUAAGUAUGGGCAAAAAUGGAUUCGUACACGUACGAUUCUCGAUCGAUUUAAUCCACGUUGGAAUGAGCAGUAUACUUGGGAUGUGUAUGAUCCAUGCACGGUGCUUACCAUCGGCGUAUUCGACAACGGACGGUACAAGCAAGAUGAAUCAGGGAAGCCUAGUAGAGAUCUACGUAUCGGUAAAAUACGUGUCCGAUUAUCGACUCUCGAUACAAAUAGGGCGUAUCUGAAUUCCUAUACUCUCACCGUAUUGUUACCUAAUGGGGCCAAGAAGAUGGGAGAGAUUGAGAUAGCCGUUCGAUUUUCUUGCUCAUCAUGGUUGAGUCUAAUCCAAGCCUAUGGCACCCCAAUGUUGCCAAGGAUGCACUAUCUUCGCCCAUUGGGUCCAGCCCAGCAGGACAUAUUACGCCAAACGGCUAUGCGCAUAGUGACGGCCAGGCUAGCAAGGUCCGAGCCACCUUUGGGACAAGAAGUGGUUCAAUUCAUGUUGGAUACCGAUACACACGUGUGGAGCAUGAGGAAGAGCAAGGCAAAUUGGUUUAGAGUUGUGGGGUGUUUGUCACGUGCAGCAAUUUUGGCACGAUGGUUAGACGAGAUCCGCACGUGGGGGCACCCGCCGACGACCGUGCUGGUUCAUGCAUUGCUUAUAGCGGUGGUGAUGUGCCCUCAUUUAGUUCUUCCUACUGUGUUCAUGUACGUAUUCUUGAUUUUAGCUUUGAGAUUUCGUUAUCGUAUGCGGGUUCCACAUAAUGUGGACUUGAGACUCUCCUAUGUUAAUGUUGUGAGCUCUGAUGAACUUGAUGAAGAGUUCGACGGGCUUCCAACCACACGCUCACCGGACAUAAUACGUUUCCGAUAUGACCGUUUACGUGCUUUGGCGAGCCGAGCUCAAACACUGUUGGGAGAUGUGGCAGCCCAAGGGGAACGUUUAGAGGCAUUGUUUAAUUGGAAGGACCCAAGAGCUACGGGUAUAUUUGUAGUGGUGUGCCUGUUUGCCUCACUGGUAUUUUACGUGGUACCAUUCAAAGUGUUUGUAUUAGGAUCAGGGUUCUACUACAUCCGACACCCGAGGUUCAGAGGGGACAUGCCAUCGCCUCCUCUCAACUUCUUCCGACGACUACCGUCACUUUCAGAUCAAAUUAUGUAAAACACCGGUGGUGAUGCGUUUUGAAUACACGUUCUUGGUGAAUGCGGUGGAAAUGGUACUAUUGUUUUGUUUGACGGAGUUCGUUUGAACGUAUUGAAAAGGAAUAAAUGAAUGUUUUAAAAGUGGGCACUGGAAAGUGGGAAAAAGUGACCGUUGAUGU